AAAGGGUGAGGAGGCAUAGACAAGUCAGAACAUGCCCAAGGACUAUGGAUCCCACCUACAAGGCCCACCAAGGGCUCCCUAGCACAAGUCCUGUCACAUGCAAAGAGACUGGUCCUGUGAGCUGGGCUGAGAGGCCCCCACAUCUGGGUCUGACCCAACAGGAUGACCAUGCAGGAUUACUGGGGCAGACUUUGGGCUUUGCAUGCAAGACAGGCAACACUGUCUGUAAAAAUGGAAAAACAGAAUAAAAUGACAGCUUCAGAAGAACAUGUGCACGGAGACAAUAAAGAAAAGGCCCGAAGGAGAUCCCCCCAAAAAACAACCAAACAAGAAGAAUUGGCCAACGGGCCUGUGAGCUGCCAACUAGAUUUCAAGAUCGAUGCUGCAAAUAAGAGGCAGAAGACCAAGCAUGCAGUCACGACUCUCCUGUUAGACUAUCCUGACUCCUGCAAAAGCAGCAAGACCCAGGCUUUGGGAAACAGACCGCAGCCCCAUGCUCUUAGAGACCACAGCUACUACAGAAAGAGCAAGCGGAUCAGUAAGAGCAAUGGGGGUAUUGCAGAGCUGAAAGACCAUGACUAUUAUCUAGUAGAGAGGAGUAGCCAGCAGGAUGGUGUUGAUAAAAGGGCUGACAGUGGUACUAUGACAGAGGCUAUUGCAAAUCAGGGGGGUGGUCAUACAAGUGCUAGUUGUGCUCAUAAGGCUGUGGCUAUUGUUCACAGGACAUUGAAGCAAAACACCCAGUUACAAACAAGGCCAUUAAUUAGUACAGAUAAGCCAAUUGGCGGGGGUGGGGGGAUGUAA